GGUGGGAGACUCCAAGGCCAUCAUUGAAUCCCUUCCAUACCAUACCUUGCAAUUGGGUCAAACAGAAUUGGACCUUCUGGAUUCUGUUCUUGCUCGCAACAAAGGUGGAAACAGUUAAAGAUUCUGCUGGUGAUGAUGAAAAACUAGCAGGUUAGGAAAAAGUGUCCAUGGGCAUAUUGUAGGUGGGAGAGAUUUAAAGGAGUCACCAUGGCAGUGGGUAAGCUGGAAAGAUAAGAUGGUGAACUUUUAUUUGCCGCUGUUUCAUACAUUGGAGAGGAUGCUUCUUCCAUCUUCAGCAGUAUCGGAACAAAGCAGAAGAAGAAGUGGAAGGCUAUCACAUACUCCAAUGCCUGAGAAAGAUUGUAAAAGAUGUAAGACUUGGUGAUAUACUGUGGCGAGGUACUUAUUUUUAGGUUGUUGACCAUCCACCUCUUGUAGAUUUGGUGGAUGUUUCUGAUAAUGCCGAGGACGAUGUUAGGAAAACUUUUAGCGUGGAACAUUUGUUUUACCAUUUUAGAUUUCUGAAUCCCCAGACCCCAUUUAUGGGAAUACACUGGGUUCGUUGUUGUUAGAUUUCUGAAUCGGAUUUUACCUUCCUUUAUUAAUAUCUUCAAUGAUCCUUGUGGUUGGUUUAUAACACUGACAAUGAUUCUGAUGCUCCGAGCUUCCUGUAGUCAGGUCUUCUAAGCCUCACAACUUCGAGAGAUGCUGGCAUGGAAGGUCAAAGCAAUGACAGCAGAGAUGAUUAUACACUUGAUAAAGUCUUAAUACGUCAUGGGAUCCUGACAGAGGAAGAAUUACGAGGAAGAACUUGAAUUCCUGGGUCCUCGUUCCUCGAAACUCCUGACUCGUAGUGGAGAGAAAAUGCUCAUUGCCUUCUAGAUGUAAAUCAAGUUCUUGCUGGCACUGGGGAGGGAGAGAAGGCUAGAGAAUUGCUGGGUCAUAGGUAGCUCAACUUGGCUGGAAGAAGCUCUAUAACUUCAGAGUUUGAUGUUAGAACUAGAAAGAAGCAACUUGAGUGGUAAAAAAGGUCAACCACAUCAAGGACAAGGAUCUGCAGAAGUUGAGAAAGGAAAAAGAGUGCAUGAUGCUUGAGAAUUAAUUGUCUGGAAUUGGAGAUAAAACAACAAGAAAUGGAUGCUCAAUCCAAGUGUAUAUUAGCUGACAUUUUGCUAUUUUUGUUCCAGUCUUUGUAUGAAUAGGUAUCGGUCAUUGGUUCAGGGUCUGCAGAAAAACAUAAAGUUACAAGAGAAGUUUUCAGCCAGAAAAAGAUUUUUUUUCCCCAGGUCAUAUAAUCUGAGAUGAUAUUAUCUGUGCUGAAUUACCACAAUUUCUUUGUGGAGAAGGCUAGAGGGGAAGGCCCAUUAUCUACCGAGUUUCGAACUGUGCGCCAGCUGGCCCUCGGGGAUUUCGCAGUUAUAAAAAGAAUUACCGCAACUUUUUUUUGUCUUAUGGGUAAAUUAAAUCAAAUGCAACUUUUAUCCACUGGUUGUGAUUUGUGUUAAAACUUGUAAGUAUUUUGUUUGAUCCUUAUUCUUAUAGAACUUAAUCAGAAGUUAUCUGAAUCCCCAUUUUUCUUGGAAAAAAACUGGAGGGAGGAAGGGAAUUAAGGAUUAAAUAUUUUCCUUAAUUAGUUUUAAGAAAAUUUCCCAGAACACCUCACUUUCCAUGUGACAUUGUUUUGAAUACAUAUACAAAUUAGUCCGAGAUACCUAUGUGUAUAAAACAAUAAGUAUGCUGCCUAUUUCAACUUCUAACCUAACUUAUCCGGGAAUUAGUCCGCCCAAUUCCCCGAGCAAAGUCUCCUAAAAUCCACCUGUUUCUGCUGCCAUCAUCCCAUUUGUCAAAAGCGACGGCACUUGUUAGCAGAUCUCACAUCUGUUGUAAGUUCUAUUCUUUCUUGGGCGAUUAAAACAAUGUGUUUCACGAAGCACCCUCGAAGUACUCACUAAAUUUAUAAGCCUCUUCUGUAGAAGUAAACAAGAACUUGUUUUGUAGGGGUAAAAAAACAUUUGAUUUAUGUUGCAACUGAUCUCAUUUAUUCUAUGGUAAAUCUAUUUCUUUAUUGCAUCUGCAUUUGGUAAAAUGUGACUGAAUCAAUUCUUUUCCUUUCUUGUUAUUUAUAUCAUUGUUAGGUUGUGUUCUAUUGAUAAUCGUUUGCACCAAUGUAACUGUUAAUUCUGCUUUAUAGAUGAUCAUAGGAGUAAAAAAUUUAUACUCAACUGUAUUGCAUGACUCUCUGCCUUAGUUUUGCCCUUUAUCUCUGCAGAAUCUAGUCAUAGAAUCUAUUUUGUAUCUUUUCUGUCUCCUCUUAAUUGAAUGAGCAAAAUCGUACUGGAUCUGUAAGUUUGUGAGUUAUUAAGAUUGCCAAUCUGCUAAAUGUAGAAAUAGCAUUCAUCAGCUUGCUUCAUAUGUACCAGAUUAAUCCUGUGAUAUCCUAGAUUUUUGCGGUUCAAUGCAAGUUAAUCACCAACAAAGCAAUUCCCCUAACCAGGGUUCAGGGGAUUUGCAGCAUGCUCUGGAAGGUGCCGCAUCCUUUGGUUUUAGCAACAUGCAUGACAUGAACCAACAAGUGUUGUCUCUAGAUGCUAUUGAAACCAGUAGACUUAAUGUGUAUGAAGCUUAUAAUGAGAGGUCAGAUGAUGUAGGAGAAGUCACUGUACGUCGUGAAGAGAAACAGCCAGUUGUGUAUCGGCGUACAAGAUGGAAGAUGAAUAAAGAGAAACAGCCUGUUGUAUACAGUCGUAUGAAAUGGACAGAUGAGAUGGUUAAGCUUUUGAUCACUGCUGUUUCUUACAUCGGAGAAGAUGUUUGGUCCAAUGGGAUAUUCCCAAAGAAAGGUAAAUGGAGGGCUAUUUCCAAUGCUAUGGCUGAAAGUGGUCAUCAUGUCUCACCUCAGCAGUGUGAGGAUAAGUUUAAUGAUCUGAACAAAAAGUUCAAGAGACUGAAUGAUAUUCUUGGGAGAGGCACUGCAUGUUGUGUUGUGGAGAACCCCGGCCUUAUGGAAAUGAUGGGCCUGACUCAUGAUGUGCAGGAGGAAGUGAAGAAGCUGUUAAGUAGCAAACAGUUAUUCUAUCAAGAAAUGUGCUCAUACAACAACCAAAAUAGAUUAUUCCUUCCAGAUGAUCGGGAACUCCAGCGAUCCGUACUGUUGGCUCUCAAACGUAAGGACAGGUAUGAGCCUGAGUAUGUUGUGCAGGAUAUGCCUGCAAAGAGAAAGAUAGCCGGGGAAGAAAGAGUUUCCAAUGUGGUCUGUGCAUUCAUUAAUUCAGAUUGUAAUGUGCUUAAUCCUAACAGCAGUGGGAUUCAUGAUUCUACUAACAAUGAAGAGGCAGAAAAAUUGCAGGAGCAGCAGAUUAUGUAUCGGUUACUGCAGUUGGAAGAACAGAAGUUACAAAUUCAGGCCCAAAUUCUGGAACUGGAGAAGCAGAGAGUCAAGUGCCUGAGGUUCCGGCGGAGAGAAGACAGGGAGCUACAAGAACUGAAGCUGGAAAAUAAAGCUAUGAUACUUGAGAAUGAGCGCAUGGAGCUUCAGCUCAAGCGCUGUGAAACAAGUCUUCAGACUGAAUAAUCUAUCAGCAUAUGUUUUAGCAAGGCGCCAUACGCAGUCUGUAAUUUUCUUUCUAUGCCCUUGCCUGUUACCCUUACAACGUACCUUUUGUCUCUUGCUUCCUGUUUGCUUUCUUUUGGUGUAUAAGACGCAAAGUCGUAACUUGUAUGGUGUGGUAGUUAAUUUAUCCUGUUGGCACUUUGUUGGGAUGUUUGGUACAUGAAAUCGUUACUACUUUAAUUGUGUUCCUCA